AUGUGUGUUCGCACCACUCGACGUUCUCACGCAGACUCGCACAACUACAAGGUGGUUUGCUACUACGGCUCGUGGGCCGUGUACCGGCCGGGCGCCGGCAAGUUCAACGUGGAGGACAUCGACCCGUUCAUCUGCACCCACAUCGUGUACGGUUUCGCGGGCCUGGGAAGCGACCACAAGAUACGCAGCCUCGAUUCCUGGAACGACCUCGAGGAUAAUUACGGCAAAGGAGCCUUCAAGCGGUUCACGGCGCUGAAGAAGCAGAACCCGAAGCUGAAGGCGCUCAUCGCCAUCGGCGGCUGGAACGAGGGCUCGGUCAAGUACUCGGCCAUGGCCCAGCAGCCGGCGGCGCGGAAGGUGUUCGCAGAGAGCGUGGUGGACUUCUGCAAGAAGUACAACUUCGACGGCCUCGACCUUGACUGGGAGUACCCGGCAGCCAGGGGCGGGAAGCCCGAGGACAAGGCCAACUUCGUCGCGCUACUCAGGGAGCUGAGCCAGGAGUUCAAGCCAUACGGUCUUCUGCUGACCGCUGCCGUUUCCGCGGGGAAGCACUUCAUGGAUCCCGCAUACGACGUCCCUCAAGUGUCCAAGUACCUGGACUUCAUCAACGUGAUGGCGUACGACUACCACGGUGGAUGGGAGACCAAGACGGGCCACCACGCACCGAUGUACUCCAGGCCUGAGGAGAAGCCCGAGGACCGUAUACUCAACGUGAACUUCUCGGUGAACUACUGGAUCCAAAAGGGCGCGCCGCGCAACAAGCUGGUGCUGGGCAUGGGCCUGUACGGCCGAUCGUUCACCCUUCGCCGUGCCGAGAACCACAUGCCCGGUGACGAGGCGCCGCAGAAGGGUCGCGCGGGCCCUUACACGCGGGAACCUGGAUCACUCGGUUACAACGAGAUCUGCGAGAGCUUCGCCCGUGGAAAGUGGACUGUGGUGAAGGAUCCGUUCUUCAUGGCGCCGUACGCGUUCCAGGAUCGUCAGUGGGUCGGCUACGACGACAUGGAGAGCAUCACCGCCAAGGUACGUUAUUCGAGAAAGCGCCCAACUUUUUGGAGCCUGUUCACCACAAGAAAGUUCUUAUAA